AUGAACCAAGACUUGGACCACUUGGUGAAGCGGCACUUGUGGUACCUUAUAACGGGACAUAUAACUUGCACGUUCCUACCAGUGAGCAAAGUAGAUAUAUGUCGCCGAGUUGUCGCACACGAACCUCUGCCCAAAUCAGCUAAAUCGAAGAUGCGCACUCACAUUAUUCAGGUCCUUGCCGUCGCAGGGUUGGCGAGAGCGCAGGUAGCGCACAUGAUGCGCUUUGCGUGCUCACAACUCACAGUUGAGCGACUAGAUCCUCUCGUAAAUCCAGGCUUAGUGGGCUCGCCACAUACUCAUCAGAUCGUUGGAGGCAACUCCUUCCAGCCGGAGAUGACUCCGGUGGAGCAUGACCUUGUAAGCAAGUCAACUUGCACCAGCUGCACCUUCAGCGAAGAUUUCUCCAAUUACUGGACGGCGGCGCUCUACUUCCGGGCACGAAAUGGAACAUAUAAGCGUAUCAAGCAGGUUGAGAAUGGUGGGCUUCAUCAAAAUGGGGGCAUGACAGUCUACUACAUUCCUCCCUACGACGGAGUCAGCAACGUUACUGCCUUUGCUCCCGGCUUCCGAAUGUUAGCUGGCAACCCGAUGCUCAGGAACACCACAGGAGAAUCCCGCGGUAUCUGCCACAGAUGUCUCUUCAAGAAUCAGACUCCUUUUGGUGGAGCGCCUUGCACAGGAAAUGACACGACGAGUCUGCCUGCACACCAGUGCGAAGGUGGUAUCAGAACGCAAGUCACUUUCCCCACUUGCUGGGAUGGCAAAAACCUCGACUCGCCCGACCAUCAGUCGCAUGUCGCGUACGCUACGAUUCCCUUCGAACCUUAUGCCGAACCAGUCGUCAACCGCCCUUAUACGCCCGAGCUCGAGCGCGGCAAGUGUCCAGAGACACAUCCCGUACAUCUGCCUCAAGUCAUGUAUGAGGUGAUCUUCGACACCACCCCGUUCAACGACCCCGAUCUUUGGCCCGAAGACGGAUCACAGCCUUUGGUAUUCUCUAUGGGUGACGCUACCGGUCACGGAAACCAUGGAGACUACAUGUUUGGAUGGAAAGGCGAUUCACUUCAGCGCGCUCUGGAUGCGCGUUGCGACAAUGAUAAGUGCAAAGAGCUGGAACGCCAGACCGACGAGGAAGCAAUGAAUUGUCGCAUCGCUCAGACUGUCAAGGAAGAUGUUGACGGAGAAGAUUGGUUGGAAACACUGCCUGGUGGUGUCGAGAUUAAUGACGGUAUCAACAUGUAG